AGAUUGGUAAAUCUCUACAAAGCACGUCAUCCAAAAAAUAUUUUGCAGGAAAAUUAAAUACUCAUUAUCUACAUAUCUAAAAACUUGAAAUGGACUUCAAUUUACUGAGCAGAUUUUUAUUCCUAGUUUCCUUAAAUGUGUGUCAAGCCAGAUUUAGAGAAGAACUGCCAACCAGGGCCCCACGUCUUUUAUCGACAUUGUCUCCAUUAAACAAAAUUCUGUGUCCUGUUCCCGAACCACUCAAGCUCUCUCAGCCAACUCAGAAAGCACUUAAUUCAAACAUACUAUCGGCACUUAAAGAACAGGAGAAACUUUUGUUAAGGAUUGAGGCCAACCUCAAAACGGAGAUUCGGGCAUUGCGAAAUGUCACAUUGGAGUCACCAGUCGCCAAUAUCACUGCAAUGGUUCCUGAUCAUCCUGCCCCCGUUAUCGUUGGGAUUGGAAAUGUGCUACCUGGCCACCUCGUCUCAAAUGCCGAGCUUAUACGACAAGGUUAUCCACAGUUGGAACAGUGCCUUAUCGAGCGUGGAACUACUUUUGCUUCGAAUUACCGCUGUUUGAUUGCCAGGGGUCGGUUGGAGUGGAUAAACAGCAAUUUAGUUAUCCGAGACGAAGAUGGUAGAGCGACUUGGUCCGUGCUCACAGAAGGGGAAGGAUUUCGCCUAACAUUUCAACACGAUGGAAAUCUUGUUCUGUACAAUCAAGAAAACAGGCCGUUUUGGGCCUCGUAUACCGAGGGAAUAACCGCUAGACUUGUAUUUCAGCCUGACCGGAAUUUGGUAGUGUAUGGGGCUUCUAAUAACCCAGUAUGGGCGUCUAUGUCGUAUGUAAAAAUGUAAGUUGUGAGUCCCACGACACGUAUGUACAUACAUGCACAUGUCGAUAAGGUAAGCUCCGAUGGAGCAGGAAUAAACAUUUUAAAACAAUAAAUCAACCAUUUUAUGUC